UCUGUAGAUUUAUUAAAUGUAAUGUCAUGGAUUAAUUCCUUCUCAUUCGACAUUACAUGUUAAGAAGUAUUAAAAUAUAAUUCAAAUUGUUUUCUUAUAUAAAGGUAGAUAAAAUUUUAUCGUAUUGUGAUGUAGGCUUUAGCUUUUUAGUUGAAUAAGGUCUAUUCACAGUUCACAGUGAUACUAGAGGUUCUUUUAUAACCGUAAGCAAUUCGAUUUAAAGUUAACUGUUAAAUAACACUGUUUUUAAUAUUACAAGAAAUAUAUUGACACAAUUAUCGUUACGAAUAAGGCAUGUGUUCGCAAAUUUAAGGAAGUACUAUUACGAAAGAAUAUUUCGUUUAAGACAGGUUAUGCAUUAAUUUGUUUGGAACCACAGUAAGAAACAUAGAGGACGAAAUGGAUAUUAAUGUAAAAUUAGAUGAACCUUUGACAAGCAACGCCUGUGUAAAACUCGUAAUUGAACUUUUGAAGUAUAUUUUAUAUCAAAAGCAGCAAAUACCGUUUGCAUAUGAAUCGUUAACUCAACUGCAAAUGAAUAUGAAAUCAACAGAUAGGAAUUUAAUUUCCAUAAAGAAAUUACUACAAUCUUUAAAAAACACAUCAGAACAAUUGAGUUCACAAUUUCAUCUCACCAACUGCAAAGUCAAAGAAAUCGCUAUACUCAUUGGUGCUACUAUAAUAUCACCAAAAUUACAUAUUAAAUUGGAAUUACCGUCAGAUAUUCUCAAUAGUCAAGAACAUUAUGAAUGUAAACACGCAUCUAGGAAACCUUUGUUAAACCUCAUGAGGUCUAUGUCAGAAUGUUCUGAAUUUCAAGACGCAAUAAGUUCACCAUUAACUCUUACAAACACUUUUGUAUUAUUAGAAAAAAGUGAUAGUAAUUUAAUAUCUGAAUUUUUUCUACCUAAGCCAUACUAUAUACCACCAAUAAAGAAUUCAAAGUGUUUUAUAAUUAAAUUACAACAUAGUAACCAAAUAAAAAUGGAUUGUAACUGCAUUGAUUUAGUGAAAAUUUAUAACGAAUUAUCUGAAUCUGACAGUAAGAAAACUGAGGACAUUAAUUUCUUGAAAAAUUCAAAUGAAAAUAUUACAAAUGUUCCUUUUCAAUGGUAUCAAUCCAGAGAAGUAAUUAAGGGAUUUAAAUUUAUAAGAUGACCAUAAGAUUGCCAUAGGAAAUUAAAGUUAUAGCAUAGCUUUUAUUAAUACAAAAUUUAUGGAACAAUUGAAAAAAAUAUUAUUGAUAAAACAUUUUGUACUAGAUAAUUAUGUUAUAAAAUUUAUCAAUCAAGAUAUUAUAGAAGUAUAUUAAUAGUUAUAAUAAUUGCAUAGAUCAUGCUUUUUAAACAUUUUUUCUGACUAAUAUUAAUGACAUAAAGUAUUUUGUUUUUUACACUGAAAAUAUCAUGAUUAUAAUUAAAACUUAUACAUACC